UGACGGUACAGAUGGGUGCGACUCCCCUCAGCUGAGCCGGCCACCGAUCCAGCAGCACCAGCGGUCAUCCAAUGCUGCCUGAAUCCAGCUGACCACAGUUGGAUAGCUCACAUCCUGCUAAUGACACUUGGUUAUCACUGGCAUCAUGCUCCCCCGUAACAUGCGAACAGGUGGAUAUGAGCUGCCGGGGGUGGAGUCAAGCAACGUGCCUCUUAUUGGCUACCGGCCCUUGUCACCUGACGGUGGCACCCCGAGUCACCAAUCAGGGAGGAGGAGCAGCAGCGGGGAUCUGGAAACUUCACAGUUUGAGCCCUCACCGAUGAAGACCACCUGGUACUGUCCUCUGGAUCUGUCCACUGUGGUGGAGGAAGAGGAGGAUGGAGUGAUCUACACAGUGGUGGUCAAGCAACAUAAUGUCGCCCCCAACAGUCCGCUGUCAUCAGUUUCUCGUUCACAGUGUGUGAAAGCAGGAACAGAAGAGAAGCUGGUGCUCCACCUCCUCCACUCUUUCUCUAUGGGAGACUCUUCUUUCAUCACUAUAUUCCUCUCCACCUAUCGAUCCUUCACCUCCACAGGAAGAGUGCUGGACAUCCUCACUGACAGAUUGGAAAACCCGCCAGGAGACAGCGAGAGGAGCCAGACGAGACAAUCUUUCAACAAAGCAGUGUGUACGGUGUUCAGCACAUGGCUUUCGGAGUACCCCGAAGACUUCAAAAGUUUGGGGGAUCCCUCACGUCUGCUGCGACUGGCUCCCCUCCUCCCUCAGGAUUCCUCCUCUGCAGCAGACCUCCGCGCUCGCCUCCUCAGGAUAGCCGAGGAGCUGAGCGAGAAAGCCUUGCUCCCCGACAACCACAAAGCUUCAACCGUUAGAGAUCAGACGGGUAUCAGCGGCCCUCCUCCUGACGCCGCCAAGUUUGAAGCCACCAGCAUCCUGGGAUUCCCCGCAGCGAUCAUCGCUGAGCAGCUCACCAGGAUAGAGACAGAGCUGUUUGUCCGUCUGGUCCCGUACCACUGCCUUGGCUCGUUGUGGUCUCAGAGAGAUAAGAAAGGGAGGGAGGGUGUUUGUUGGUCGGUCCGGGCCACCGUACGGCAGUUCAACAAGUUGGCCAAUGCGGUCCUAGCGUCUUGCCUUUGGCCCACAAAGCUGCGCAGCCAGCAGAGAGCUCGACUGCUGGAGAAAUGGAUCAGUGUGGCAGAGGAGUGCAGAGCCAGGAAGAACUUCUCCUCGCUGUACGCCGUUGUGUCUGCGCUGCAGAGUAACCCUAUCCAUCGACUGAGGAAGACCUGGCAGGAGACUGACAGGGACGCAAUUAAGAGAUAUGAGGAUCUGUCAGAGAUAUUCUCAGAGAAGGACAACUACUCGCAAAGCAGAGAACUACUGAAAGAGGAGGGGACGUCAAAGUUUGCCAACCUUGACAACAGGCUCAACCACAGACACCUUAAUAGGUCCAACGCCCAGGGCACCGUGCCCUACCUCGGCAUCUUCCUCACAGACCUCACCAUGCUGGACACAGCGGUCAAAGACAAGCUGGAUAAUGGCUACAUCAACUUUGACAAAAGGAGAAGGGAAUUUGAGGUUUUAGCUCAAAUCCGGCUCCUGCAGUCUUCCUGCAAAAACUGUGUUUUCACUUCUGACGAGGCCUUCGAACAGUGGUAUCACAGUGUACCUUCGCUAACAGAGGAGGAAAGUUACAGACUGUCCAAUGAAAUAGAAGCACCUAGUGAACCGAGCCCCCGUGGCCUAACCCCGACAGUCAUUGUUACACAGUGCCCAGACCUGAAUACCUCUCGGACCAGCCUGGCUGGUGACAGUGACAGCCUCUUUGACUUCCCUUCUCCUGUCAAUAACCUGCUCUCAAAACUCACAAAGCAUAUGAGAUCUCCGUCUGUGUCCUGUUUGGAUGUUGACACAUCUCCUCCACCCAAUGACUCCCCUGCCCCUGCCACUUUGGCUCCAUCCACUCCCACAAAAUCACACCGCCGAUCGGCCUCCUGUGGCAACAACCCCGCCGGUAAUACCAAGGGUUCGGGGCCCGACAUUCGAAUCAUCAGGAUAAGGAUGGACAUUCAAGAUGGAAACCUGUACCGAAGCAUACUGGUUACGAGCAAUGAUAAGACCCCCACUGUGAUCAGUUCUGCCUUAGAAAAGCACAAUCAAGACCCCAAACAGGCGUCCAGAUACGAGCUGAUUCAACUUCUGCCUGAAGGAAAAGAACUGGUCAUCCCUGCUACAGGAAACGUCUUCUACGCCAUGACAUCAUCCAGUGUUGACUUCCUGUUGAGAAGGAAAGGUGGGAACACUCCUCUUGGCUCACAGCCAAUCAACACAGAGACAAGUGCCACUUUCCCUCGCAUCAAGGCCAAGGGGAGGAGACUGGUCAGGACUUUAUUUUGACAAUGAGAUUUUCCUCAGCGCAGCUUUGUCCACAGUGAUGGAUUUCUCUCGUAGUCUUGACAUUAUUGCAGGGCGAGCUCUCACAAACAGUAAAUGUGGCCUUCUCUGUGCACAACAAAAAUCUACAUAUGCCUUUCUCCCAUUCUCCUACCAAGCCUGUUUUACCAAAACACCAAGACCAAGUCUCUCUUUAAUGCACAACUGCACACAACAGAGUUUGUGAAACAAUUCAGACCUCCUGCUGCCCUGCAGUGUGCACCAGAGCCGCCUGCUGCUUAACAACAGUAUCAGUUUUCCUGUUUUUCCAAACAAUAUGCAUUACUAAUUACACCUGGAGGAAGAGCGAAGGAAGCCUUUAAGUGAGUGCUUUUGGUGCUGGCUCUCGGGUCCCAGUCAGGUAGCACUUGAUGCAUUUUUUUUUUUCAUUCGAACUCAAUGAAUAAGAUCUGUUUUAAUCGCCAACAGCCACCAGGAAAUCCAAUGUUGUUCUAUGUCUCAGUCGUGAGUAAUGUUUCCAAACGUAAAAAGAUGAUAUAAUUGGACAGAAUGUGCUUGUGUGAUCAGCAGAGAUCUCAUAUAAGGAUUUAGGGCUGUGUUUUUGGGGGAGAAGCUAAAUGAAAUCUAAAUAUAUAAAGCCUGUAAAAUCUGGUUCUUUUAAAAGGCACACAUCCAGAGGACACAAAGAUACAAGUGCAUAAUUGUAGCAAAACACUGGAACCUGUCAAAUGAGACAUAUAUAUGUUUUGUAUAUAUUUAUAUAUUUUGUACAUCUGUAUGAUGUCAAGAUUGUGUUUACACUGGCAAGGAGUUCUAGGUCCAUGUGUCCGAAUUGUCAAGUAACUAAUUCAUUAAGGAAAAAUGCAUCAAACACCUGAAAGAUUUUCACUUUAAACAGGCCAGCACCUGUCUACAGUGGGAAUGAUUAUUUCAGCUAUGACUCAAGCAGAUUCUCAUUUCAGCAAAAAAACUUAAAGUUGCAUAAACCCAAGUUUUUAUAUUGCAUUUGAUGACUCUUCAUAAUGUGAAAGUACCUUGGCAAAACCUUUGAGAAUUAUCAACUCUGCAGCUCUACUGAGCUCAUUGUUAUGGUUUUACGGCCCAAAAAAUAUACUUUUGUUUCUUCUCACAGUUGUUAAGCAGUUGUUGUUUUCUGCAAAAAAGCUCUGAUAAACCUGCUGUAUACUUUCCCCAACAGCAAACAGCAGACACACACAGUUAUCGAGCAGCUGGUGAGAAAGCCAGAUGUUUCCCAUACAAGUUGCUAGAGACCAAACUUGAACUUAAAGGAGAGUGAUAUGUACUUAUUUUAUCAGAUGGACAGAAUUGCAACUCUAGAUAAAUACUUCCCCUUCCUGUUCACCUACAAGCCAAACCAAAGGCGUUAAAAAUGUGAUCCAACUCUUUGGGGGUUUCUUCUGCCCCCUAGUGGCUGAAAACUGAUUGUUGCAGCUUUAAAAGCAACUAAGCACUCUUAAAACUCGUGGCUUUGCAUGAUUUUAUCAUUAGUACUAAAGCAGGAAGGAAAAUCCCCUGAAAAAUGCCACCAUAUUGAUUUUUAAGGUUUUCCAAGUCUUCAUUUUCCAACAGAGCAUAAGCUAAACUUAAUGUAUGCAGAUUUUCCAGCAGUUCAGCAGGAUACAUCUUCACUGCUGUUUACACACAGUGCAAAGCCUCAGUUCCAACUUCAUGUUUUGAAUUAACAUGUUAACUUCGGUGUAACUUUAAAACACACAACCUCUUUGAAAUAAGUCACAACUUUGACAAAGUCUCGUGACCUCUGGUUGUACUGCAGCUGCUCGUCGCUGGUGAGGCCUCUUUGUAUUGGCUGAGGCAUGAGCGUGGCAGCACCAGGGAGAGGAUUCUGGGUAAUAAUGGAUGACGUGUGCUAGCGUUAUGCUAUGCUACUGAUUGUUUUAGUGCCUUUCUCUACAGGGUGCUCACCUUUUUCCAUGUUUGCAUUAGAAUGUAUACAUUAUACAAGCACAGGUGGGUGUCUGCGUGGAGGAAAUGCAGUCACCCCCAGUGCUGUGUAGUCUCACAUCAAAGCUAUUUAUGCACUACAUACAGGAUGUCCUAUUUUUGUGGUAAUAAAUUUACUUUUAUAUGAAUUCCAAUGCUUUUGACUGAUGUGCUG